UACUGCUCAGCCCCGCCCACGGUCUUCCGGAUUCCUGUGUGUGUUUAUUAGUGCACAUGUACAGGCGCAAAGAUUAAACGCGCUAGAGAAAGCUGGAUGUCUCCUGAUCAGAAAGCUGGUGUGUGAGAAGAUGGGUUUUGUCUUGACAGGUUUUGGCUGGAAAGAACAGUACCACACCCCUCACCCACUACAGACUCCGCCCCCAGCCACACCCACUAGAACUUCAACGUGUCCCACCGGGGAGAUUAUGCCAUUCUGGCAGCAGAACCUGGACGUCAAGUGGGCGUAGACGUGAUGAAGACCAUCAUACCACGUACACAUUCACUGCACUUGAGUGAUAUGUGCUUUUAGCUUUACUGUGUCAUGUCCGGUUUGAAUAUGGUGUAAUGAAAUGUUGGGAACGAAUACUCUCUGUUCAUUAGGUGAUUUUCUAAGUGUCCUGAACUGGUACAGUCCUCAUAACAGUCACCAAUAAACAGUGAACCAGCUCAGACAGACACUGCAGUUCUAUCAGUGGCCACCAGGUAGCUGCUCUGUGCCGGAAUUUUUCCACAUCAUGAAUCGUCAGUUCACGGAUCUGGAGUGGACGAACAUCCGUUCAGCUGGCUCAGACUGGGACCAAUUUGACAUGUUCUACAGGCACUGGGCAUUGAAGGAGAGAUUCAUUAAAGCAAUUGGCACAGGGCGGGGCUUCAACCGGCAGAGUGUGGAGUUUCACAUCUCGCCCAACCAGAUGCGAGAGGUUCAAGUGUACUGGCAGACACGAAUGUACCCGGACAAUGAAGAUGAUGACUGGAUAUUUGAGCCGGUUCUCGCCUCCUCCUUUCCACUGAACCCCCUUACACUGGUGCCGAAAUCCGGGAAGGAGGAGGGAUUCCCGUCGCAGAGUCCUCGACACUGCCGUCCACCCAGGGGAGCGCCACUGCCAUCUGACGGUGGACGGAGUAGCCCGACCACCCGGAUGCGGGGAACGGCCGCCGUCUGCGAGGCGAGUGGGGACGGGACUCCCCGACUGCCUGGAGCGAGGGAGCCGCUGCCGGGGGCGGAGGAGUGCCCUGCCGUCCCCCGGGAACGCGGAGGGGUCGAGAGAAGACCGCCGUCCGUGGGGGGAGGAGGAAAGCGACUCCCCGACCGCCUGGAGUGGUAGGGCCGCUGCCAGGGGCGGAGGAGUGUCCAAACGGGACGCCGGGAACAUGGAGGGGCGUUCUGUCCGCUGGGGGUCGGAGGUCUGACUCCGGUCCGCCCGGGGAGGAGCGGCUGCCGUCCGCCUGAGAGGGUGGAUUAGUGAUCAAGGACCACGUGACGGCGCAUCAGAGAACCGGUGAGUUUCUUUUUCUCUCUCUCCUCUCUCUCUCUCUCUGUCGCUCCGUGUUGGCCUUUCUCUCGCCAUUUUGUUUGUUGUUUUUCCCCUCCUGUCUCCUCCCAGGUCGAGGAAGGUGGGGAUGACCCGCCGGCAGUCGGGGCACAAGGCACCGGAGAGGAAAGGGGGGAUGUACGUCAUGCCGUAGGCUUCCAGGCCUGAGGCAACGCCAGGAGGAGUGUAGAGCCGAGGAGGGCGGGGCCGGGCUGGAAUGACGCACGCCCGGUCCCCAAUCAGCCUGAUGGGGCGCGCGAGGGAUAAAGGUGGCCGGGGACGACAGUUCGGGAGAGAGAGAAUGACAGGCAGCUGAACUGUGUGUUUAUA